UAUGGUGACGUCAUGUCUUGCCACCCAGAAAACUUUCAGUGGGAGCACUGGAGUUUUGAAAAUGUUGCUACCAUACUUGCUCGCCGGUUCCCCAAUAGCUUUAUUUGGGUUGUGAAGUGUUCUCGAAUGCACCUGCACAAAUUCAGUUGUUACGACAACUUUGUGGCGAGCAACAUGUUUGGAGCACCAGAGCACAGCACUGACUUUGGAGCUUUCAGGCACCUCCAUGCGUUGCUAGUCAAUGCAUUCAGACUCUCUCAGAAUAUUCUGCUGUCCCAGAAAAGCGUGCAUGGUGUCAGCAAGGAUGCAAAAAUAGCUGCUUGUAAAUCACACCCGCCGCAGCCUGUUCCUGCAACGAAUGGCUGCUCGUCCGCAGGAAGAGAGCGAGAUUGCGAAUGCUCUAAUAAUUCUGCAACGAACUUGGUUAUACCGGCUGCUGUAGGCACAGUGUCGUUUACUUUGAUUGGCUUCAGCAAAGGCUGUGUGGUUUUGAACCAGCUGCUUUAUGAGCUGAAGGAAGCUAAAAAAGACAAGAAUACGGAUGCCUUCUUAAAAAACAUCAAAGCAAUUUACUGGUUGGAUGGUGGUCACUCAGGAGGGAGCAAUACUUGGGUUACUUACCCCGAAGUGCUGAAAGAACUUGCAGAGACAGGAAUUGAAGUUCACGCUCACGUUACGCCGUACCAAGUGUUUGACACAAUGAGGUCAUGGAUUGGGAGAGAGCAUGAGAAAUUUGUACAGGUCCUUGAAGAAUUUGGUGUGGAAAUAAAUGAUCAGCUACAUUUUGCUGAUGACGUUCCCUCCUUAGAUAACCAUUUCAGAGUCCAUGAAGUAUUUUGAGAUUGUAUGUACCUGAAUGUUCAUUGUAAAAGCACUUUUGACACUGUAAAUGUCAUCUAGAUUUACAGCUUUGAGCAGAUGCUUUCUGAGGAGAACAGUAAAUCAGUUCUGUGUU